AUGUCCACGUACUCCGAGAAAUCUUUUGAUUCUGAAUUUUACCAGGAGAACAGGCCAACUUACCCCAAAUCUCUUUAUCGCGCUAUUGUCUCAUACCACCAAGGUCCAGCGGUCAAUGUUAUCGAUAUUGGCUGUGGUACCGGAAUAUCAACGUUUCCUUUACUAGAAUAUUUCGGUUCGGUGAUAGGUUCGGAUCCUUCUUCAACUAUGUUAACUUCCGCGGAAAGAAUGAAGAGUAGGUUAAACCCUCAUGAUCAAAACAGAUUAAAGUUUCAGCAAUGUGCUGCAGAGGAAAUCAGUUCAUUGGCAAAGAAUAGUACCGUUGAUAUGGUGGUAGGUGCAGAAUCUGUCCAUUGGCUCGAUCACGACAGGUUUUUCGAUCAGGUUCAUCAGGUCCUGAGGCCAGGAGGCACUGUAGCCUAUUGGUUUUAUGUAGAGCCGAUUUUUUUGGAUUUUCCCGAGGCCAACGUCAUAUAUGAAAAGUACGUUUACGAAGAUCCUGCGUACAUGGGACCUUUAUGGAAGUCGGGAAAGGAAAACUUGCGCUACUUUGGUGAGCCCAUCAAUAUUCCACACGAUAAGUUUGGUGAGCUGCAGAAACACAUCUAUCGACCUUUGCAAUCCAACGUAAAGACGCAAUACUAUGAGCAUCGGGAAGCAUUCACCAUGAAUGAUUUCAGAAAAUAUCUUCGCAGCUGGAGUGCUUACCAUACAUGGCAACAAAAGUACGGAGGUACUGGAGCCGAUGUGGCAGAAAUGUUGAUUCAAGAGCUAAAGCAAAGGUGCAAUUGGGACGAGCAGACCCCACUGAGAGUAGAGUGGGGCACCGCCUAUUAUAUGGCCCGCAAGAAGUAG